CGGCAGAAACGGGAAGUGGGACCAAAACAAAGGAGCGGCGUCCGGGAGCGGUCGUUCUUUUCCUACCUCCUCUGGCUUCCACCUCGGCCCCGGCCGCCGACCCCCGGGAGCCGUCCGAUCAUGUCCACCAUGGAGAAACACCUGUUCAACCUAAAGUUCGCGGCCAAGGAACUGGGCAGGAGUGCCAAAAAAUGCGACAAGGAGGAAAAGGCCGAAAAGGCCAAGAUUAAAAAGGCCAUUCAGAAGGGCAACAUGGAAGUUGCGAGGAUUCACGCCGAGAACGCGAUUCGCCAGAAGAACCAGGCGGUGAAUUUCCUGAGGAUGAGCGCGCGGGUGGACGCGGUGGCCGCCAGGGUCCAGACGGCCGUGACGAUGGGCAAGGUGACCAAGUCGAUGGCCGGUGUGGUUAAGUCGAUGGACGCGACGUUGAAGACCAUGAAUCUCGAGAAGAUCUCCGCCCUGAUGGACAAGUUCGAGCACCAGUUCGAGACGCUGGACGUGCAGACGCAGCAGAUGGAGGACACGAUGAGCAGUACGACGACGCUGACCACUCCCCAGGGCCAGGUGGAUAUGCUGCUGCAAGAAAUGGCAGACGAGGCCGGCCUCGACCUCAACAUGGAGCUGCCGCAGGGCCAGACCGGCUCCGUGGGCACGAGCGUGGCCUCGGCCGAGCAGGACGAACUGUCCCAGAGGCUGGCCCGCCUGCGGGACCAAGUGUGACCGCGGAACCCGCUCCCGGCCGGCGUCCCGGCCGCAGCCACCUUCGAAGACGGAUACUCUACGCUAGAAACACGGAACCGGCCGGAAUGCUGAACUGCUCUUACUCAAGAUGCUUCUACCUUUGGGUUUUACAGUGCUCUCCAGAUACACGAAGACGUCCCAGGCCUUCUCCACUCUUAAAUGGAUUUGAAAGUUCUGUAUAGCUUGUUAUCAUGUGUAUUUUUAUAGCUGCCUUUUAACAGAUCUGCUUAAUUUGGUGUAUAUGAAUCUUUCUCAAAAAUUUGGUCAAAACUCUAGUUCCCGUGCAUUCAGUAUUCUGCCCGAAUUACCAGAAUUGAAGGUUUUCUUUUUAAUUUUGUGCAGUCGAUAAUAUCUAGAGUUGAGGGGAGGUGAUUACUUAGGUUGAUUACAGCGCUAUCAACACCUCAUUAAGAGAUUUAUUUCAUGGGCAGUGCUAUUCUGUGUAUCCUUUAUUGUCAUCAGAUCCAGACUAAAGGUGACUAUUCAUCUGUUCUCAUAACUUACACUAAAAUUACUUUACGACUUUCCUGCAUAAUGUUCAGUUACUGUUUACGUCCUAUAAAUUUUUCUUAUGGUAGUUGUCUUUUAUAAUUGGAAAAAAUGCCAUGUAACUUCCAUUUAUCAUAAGAGAAAAGUGUUCAUUUAUGGUUUUAAGAUUUACAAGGUUUAACGUUAGUAAGACAGUUUUUUCCAAGUGAACUUCUCGCUCACGUUUCUAGUUAUUUUCCUAUUUAAUUAGACUUCUUUUAAAGUAUGGCAAUUAGCACGACAGUCACAUUACUCUGACGUUGCCAAAGAACCGUUGAUUGGUUUGAGAAAGCCCUGGGACUGUGUGUAUGUAGGUUUUGUUUUGAUUUUAAUCAAAAAUGGAAAUAAAAUUAGAACUGCAUUUUAGGUUCUAAUUAUUUGCAUUUAUUAUCUUGUCUUAAGAGCAACAGCUCUUUUAAAACCUCGGAAAUACAAGUUGGAGUGUUUGGCUUAGCCAUGCAAAUCCCUUACACAUACAUGCAGCCGCCUGGAAGUCUGGGAAGGACAGAUGCAGGGUCAGACGGUAGGCUCGACCCUCUCAGGCCAGAGCCCACAUGUGCUGCCUUCCAUCUUUCUGGAAUGGUGGUGUGUAAAGUAAAAGUGAAAAAGCAGAGCCUGUAGCUACCACUUUCUCAGAACCGCAAAACAUGGAGAACAGCAACUUGCUUUUGCCUUGGCGAGCAUAUUAAUCUAAGUUAAACACUUAAGGAUAUUUUAAAUUCCCUCUUCCCUUCACUGGAGAGAAUUCAGGUAUUUCAGAAAAUAAUUAAAGGGACUCUUCCAAGCCCUUUGAAAGAUUGAGAACCAAGUAUUCACUGUUACAACAUGUCCUCCUGUAUGAAUGUGUGUGUAUUAAGGGGGAAAAAAAAUGAAGAGUUGUGUGCAGAUAAGGACUGACCCUCGUAUAUAAGUGUCAUUAUGUCUGACUGGAUGUUGUUCCAAAGUCUUCUGUAAGGGACACCUGCCAGUCGUCUGCCCCAAAUCCUCUUUCUAGAACUAGUCCCUUUUGGUGUCUCCUCAUCCACAAGGUUGCCCAGAGGCAGCUGUGUGUGAGCACAGCAUGAGUCCUAACCCCUCUUUAGACUGAAAACAUCAUUACAAUUUAAAUAAUAGCUUGGUGUUGAUCCUUUGGUAAAUUGAGGACCCUUUUAUAGUGCAGAUAAUUC